CUCCCCUCUCCUCUUUUCCCCUCCUUUUCCUCCACCUCCUCCUCCUCCUUCCUUCCUUCCUCCCUUCCUUCCCUCAUCCCUUCCUUCCUCCCUUCCUUCCUUCUCAUCAUCUAAUUUGCACACUGCUAUAUGCCUCCUCCAUUUGUGGGUCCUAUCUGCAUCUGCUCAUCACAGUGUUCCUCCCUCCCUCUGCCUGUCCAGCCUGGUUUCCUCUGCGUGGCUGACCUGAGCGGACUUUCUCGUGGGGAGAGAAGAAAGAGGAAGACAAAGAGUUAGCCCAUGCGAGCAGCGUGUGGACUGAGUGCAGCUGUUUCGUUCAGAGACGAGCCCAACAUGUGAGAAGAUGUCUGUUGGAGGUUGCGCUUGUCCCGGCUGUUCGUCAAAGUCAUUCAAGCUGUACUCUCCUAAGGAGCCCCCCAACGGCGGCAGCUUUCCCCCCUUCCACCCGGGCGCUAUGCUUGACAGAGAUGUGGGGCCUACACCCAUGUACCCUCCCUCUUACAUGGAGCCUGGAAUGGGGAGACCCACACCGUACGGGAACCAGACAGAUUACCGGAUAUAUGAGCUGAACAAAAGAUUACAAAACUGGACAGAGGAUUGUGACAAUCUCUGGUGGGAUGCCUUCACCACAGAGUUUUUUGAAGAUGAUGCCAUGCUCACCAUCACUUUCUGUCUGGAAGAUGGUCCGAAACGAUACACCAUUGGCAGGACGUUGAUUCCCCGAUACUUUAGAAGUAUUUUUGAGGGGGGUGCCACAGAGCUCUUCUACGUUUUGAAGCACCCGAAGGAGUCCUUCCACAGUAACUUUGUGUCUCUGGACUGCGACCAGUGCACCAUGGUGACACAGAACGGCAAACCCAUGUUCACACAGGUUUGCGUUGAGGGCCGCCUGUACCUAGAGUUCAUGUUUGACGACAUGAUGAGGAUCAAGACGUGGCACUUCAGCAUCAGACAACACAGAGAGGUCCUACCGAGGAGCAUUUUGGCUAUGCAUGAUCCACAGAUGCUCGAUCAGCUGGCUAAAAAUAUCACCAGAUGUGGGCUGUCCAACUCCACACUCAACUACCUCCGUCUAUGUGUGAUAUUGGAGCCCAUGCAGGAGUUGAUGUCCAGGCAUAAGACGUACAGUUUGAGCCCCAGAGACUGCCUGAAGACCUGCCUCUUCCAAAAGUGGCAAAGAAUGGUAGCACCUCCAGCCGAGCCAGCCAGACAAGCUCCCAACAAGCGGCGGAAAAGGAAGGUGUCGGGCGGAAGCACCGUGAGUUCCGGCGGAGGCAGCAAUAACAACAGCAACAGCAAAAAGAAGAGUCCAGCCAACAGCUUUUCACUCUCCAGCCAGGUACCUGACCUGGUUGGAACAAAAACCUGUACAGUGCCGGAGCUUGAGGACCGGAGUUGAGAACCACUACGCUAAAUCUUAAACACACACACACACACACACAAAACUGACACACUCAUGCACACGCAUACAUACUUAUACACACGCACACACACACACACACACACACACACACACACACACACACACACACACACACUCACUGUCACCCACACCUUACUGGAGAGAGGUGGUACGCAGCAUGUCUGGACCAGAGCACCAGACGCUACAGAAGUGUGUUUUUAAUUUCCUAUGUUUUAGACUUGUUUUGAUUUGAUUUUUUUUUUUAUUUUUGUAAACGAUUUCUAAAAAUAAACCGACAAGCAAGCAAACAAAAACACCCCAGAAUAUUCUUUGCACUGUUUUCCACUAUUAACGGCAAUCUAUUUUUCUUAUGAAUUGACGGUGUAUCUUCUUUUCCUUUUCUAUUAUUUCUAAUGUAAGAACUGUAAAACACCUGAAACCUGCAGUAUGUCAGUGUAUAAGUAUUGCUGUUAGAUCAUUCUUAUUGUGAUGGUAAUAACUUCCAUGUAAGUCUAUGCUUGAUAUAACGUCAUCCAUCCGUGUCAGACAUCACACCGUCAUCAGGCAAAAUCUGGCUUCUGUGCUAAAAGCAGUUUGUGUUUUAACACACUACUACUACUACGUCUUGUCGAGUGGAAAGCAGCACGCCGGAAACCAGUUUCCCCACUAAAUCUCCAUCGAGCACCUGGUUCGGAUCUGUUGUCUUAUCAUUGCGGUUUGCUUUGUCUUCAAAUCUCUUUAUCUUGUGGGAGAGGGGGGGAGUCCUCUCUUCAGAGAAUAUAAUGACAGAAAAAAACUUCUCAAAUUUGCUACUCGAAAAUAUUUUAAAAAAACAAGUUUUGACAGGAUUGUAAAAUAAGAAGAAGAAGAAAAAAAAAAGACUUUUGUAUUAACUUAAGUUUCCCAGAAAUGUUUUUAAUUACGAUUAAGAAAGCUGCAGACCAAGGAGCUACAUGUAAAGAUUCUUAUACCGACUACACCGCGCUGUUUUAUGUUGGCUUUACUCCUCAUGUUUGUGUCCGUGCUUGUAUAUUUUUAGGUAGUAAUUUCUGUAAAAGUUAUUCUAUGUAUUCCUCCCUAGAACUAUGAGAAACUCAAUCUAAUGUAAAGAGAUGGAAAAAGCCUCUUAAGUUUUCUUUAAGUUUUUUUUUUUUUUUUUAAACGUGAUUUUAAAUGGUACAAUCACUGAUAAAAGAAUUUUUGCCCUCAUUUUAGCAAACUGUAUUUAUUUUUCUAUGUACUGCCGUUCUGUUUAGGUCGAAACCCACCUGUACAAUAUUCAUGAUGAUACAUGGAGGAAUUUGUGGGGGCUGCUGAGUCCGGUUCAGUUUAUUUUUUGUUUUUUGUUUUUUUGAGAAACGACUACCAGUUCAAUGAGUGCAGGUCUGAAAACUGAAACCAGACAAUAUCCAGAUCGAAUGCUAACCCUUAAGCGGUUCAUUUUUGUGUCGCAGUAGCUCAAUAUUCAAUAACAUGAUAAUUACGAUUUCAUUUUAGGCCGUUUGAUGUUUUCCAGCUACAUUUCCAGUCUGAAAGCGAUGGUUAAAACAUCCAAAGAUGAUAGAUAGUAACAAAAUAUCCUGAUUUCUGUUUAAAAAGACUCUCUACUCAUGACCCAAGUUGCUGCGUCAGGAUUUUCUGAUCAGGCUCACAGGAAGAUUUGUUGCCUAACUCCUUGGCCUCAGCAGAUGGCAGCUGUCAGCUAUCAGAUAGUAAUGUUCAGACUCCCCCAGCAGGGGGCGGUAACUGCACAAGGACAAAGCAGCCGGUCAGAAAUUCCUCCAUUAUUAUAUCUCUCAGAAAUGCCGUCUGUGAAUCCACACUGAGCUGCAGGCUGUUGUGUUUAAAUCCUUGUUCAAUGUCUCCAGCACCCCCUAGUCUACUUUUGUGAUGUAUCAGUCCAGCGGGGCAGACACAGAAUUGAAUCUAGGGGGCAAAUUAUCAACACCCCGCGUUUCCUAAGUCGAGAUAAUUGAGGAAGUUCAAGGGUGUGUUGAGACGAGAUGAAAUGGCAUUGCACCCAUAGCUGGCUAUUGUAGCACCUCAUCAUAGGGGUGAUUUUAUAUCUAUAUUUUUUUGCCAGGUUUCUGUCAUUGAUAAUUCAUGUAUGGUAUCAAUAAAGAUGAAUUUUCACUGAAAA